AUGUUCAAUCCCUUCUCUGCACCGGCCUCUACACCUGGUCGUGGCACGAUUCACCUGGCCUUGCUCCCGCCCAACACACCGCGUCUACGCACAGUACAAUACCAGUAUCCGUUGAAGUUGGUUUCUCCUGCGCCAUUGAGGACGGAAAGCGAGGCGCAACAUCUCAUCCACACCGUCUACCUUCUCACCUAUGGCGGAGGUCUUGUUGCUGGAGAUUGCAUCGAUCUGGCAGUCAUUUUAGAAACCGCAACACGCCUUAUCCUCCUGACUCAAGGGAGUACCAAACUUUUCAAAUCUCCUAGUAGGAAUGUGGUGAGCAAGCRACGUAUGACGGUAGACGUGGCUCCAGAUUCGUCACUGUGCUAUCUUUCAGACCCAAUCCAACCUUUUGAGAACAGCUGUUUUGAGCAGCAGCAGAUCUACAACAUCACGGUUCCAUCCAGCUCCGAAUCAAAGCACGGGAGUCUGUGUGUGCUGGACUGGGUCUCCAAUGGUCGUCCGGCUAACGGCGAGAAUUGGUCUUUCCAUCGCUAUGCAAGCUGCAAUGAGAUCUAUCUAUAUGACUUUAACAAGGCUCGCCGGCUGCUUCUGCGCGAUAACAUGCUGCUCGACGAACAUUCUUCCGGAGGGACUGUCGCCCGAAAAAUGGUGGGAAUAGCCGUCUACGGUACAUUGAUCCUAUUCGGGUCGCUGUUCGCGGCCCUGGGACGUUUCUUUAUGGAAGAAUUCAAAGCUCUUCCCCGAAUAGGUGGGAGGAAGUGGGACAGUGGCAGUGAAAGCGGAGAUGAAGAGCUCGACCAUCUAGAGGCGCGCAGGACUAUAAGACAACGGACUGAAGCUGCGAAUGGCCUGCUCUGGUCAGCUGCAUCAGUACGAGACUGUGUCGUCGUCAAGUUCAGUGCACCGACACUUGAGGCUGCCCGAAGCUGGCUUUAUACCAUGCUGUCUGAGGAGCAGUCCGUUGUUGUUCAUUUCGGCGAGCGCGCUCUGCUGUGCGUUCGAUGA